CGCCCCCGCUUCCAGCCGGGUCACGUGCCCGGGAAGGAGGUCCAUCCCCGCGCCCCGAGCCCAGGACCGCCGCGCCACAGCCAUGGCCACCGCGCUCGCGCUCCUGGCGGGGGUCCUGCUGCCCUGCGGGGGCUCCUUCCCGUUCCACAAACCGCGGGCCCCGCUGAAGGUGGAUGGAGCUCCUUGCGCCCACCACUCGGAGUGCUUCAGUGACUGCUGUCUCAUGAACUUGGACAACGGAGGUGAAUUCUGUGCCCCCAAGGGCAGAAAAACCAUGGUGUGCUUGCCCCAGACCAAGGGAGCCAUCAACUUCAUAUGCCCCUGCCGACUGGGCUUGAGUUGCAUACCCCAGGACCCGAGCUGUCCCCGCCGCUGCUAUUUGAUUUAGAGGACGAUGCGGGUGGUCACUGCCAUCCUCCUCCCCUCCCUCGGGCCAGAGGCCUUGGAGUCCCCAUCUUGCUCACAAUCCAGCUCCAGACACAUUAAAGUCCGUCUCUGGCUCUG